AAGACGCGAGGGAUGGACCGUUCAGGGGAGAUUUCCAGGCUGAGGCGGGGUACUUCCAUGUCCAUCGGAGAGGGGGUGUUGACCUGGCUGUUGCCCUUACCUAGUACCUGAGGGGGUCAUACCUGCUCAUUGACUUGGACAUGUGCUGAGCCUCCCCUGUGCCCGGCACAAGGAGACUAGGGACUGGAGCUCUGCAGAUUCCUAGGGACAGAGAGGUCAAUGGAAUUGGCCCAAGUCCUGAGCUAGUGGGCGCCCGCGCCCUCUCCCCUCAGCACCCUGCCCCUGUGACCCAGAGCAAAUAGGCCAAGCCCACCUCUCAUCCCGAUUCCAGUGCUGCCUCCUCAUUCCUGAGCAAUCUGGGGGGGCUCCUGCCCCUUCCUUUCCCUCUGUUUUCCAGCCUGCACCUCAAGGGGCUUCAGACCCCUUCCCAUUCUGACUCUCUUGGGCUUCUGAAUCAAACCAGACCCCACUGGACAACCAAAGAGUUAAGCAAAGGAAAACCCCAGCUCCCUAGGCUCCUUUUAUCUCUCACAGAUCCCAGAGGCUGGAGAGAAUGGAGCAGGGAGGAGGGGAAGUGGGAAGCCAGCUCAGCCCGCUCCCUCCGCCUUCCCUCCGCCUCUCUCCCUCCUUCUCUCCCUCCCUCUUCGGCUCAGCCUGGGGGUCUGGGCCAGCAACAAGCAGACAUGGGCCAAGGAGCCAGAGACUGCCCAGAGGCCGGGGGUCUGUGAGCUGCCGUGGAGGCCACUGGACACGGGGUCACCAUGGGGAUAGCUGCCCUGGACCUCCUCUGUGCAGGGCUCCUGCUCCCUUUCUUGGUGUUUGCGGUCCCCACCGAGGAGCCCUCCUCUGGGGAUGCGGUGGCCUCGGGUGCCCCUGGGUACUGUCAACGGUGCUGUGACUCUGAGGACCUCCUGACCCCUGCCGAUGAAGCAGUGUCAUCGGCCUCUCCAUCUGCCCUCCCAUACCUGCUGCCUGAGGUCAGGCCCUACAUUAACAUCACCAUCCUGAAGGGUGACAAAGGGGACCGAGGCCUGCUGGGCACGCCCGGGAAGCUGGGCCGGGAGGGUCCCCGGGGGGAGCGCGGCCCGCAGGGCAACAAGGGCGCCAAGGGGCAGGCGGGCAGCCCCGGGAGCCCGUGCCAGGCGCGCUUCUCGGCCUUCUCGGUGGGCCGCAAGACGGCCCUGCACAGCAGCGAGGGCUUCCAGCCGCUGCUUUUUGACACCGUCUUCGUCAACCCCGACGGCCACUUCGACCUGGCCACCGGCCAUUUCAUCGCCCCGCUGCGUGGCCUCUACUUCUUCAGCCUCAACGUCCACAGCUGGAACUUCAAGGAGACGUACGUGCACGUGGUGCACAACGAGGAGGCGGCCGUCAUCCUCUACGCGCAGCCCAGUGACCGCAGCAUCAUGCAGAGCCAAAGCGUGAUGCUGGCGCUGGCGCCCGGGGACCGAGUCUGGGUGCGUCUCUUCAAGCGCGAGCGGGAGAACGCCGUCUACAGCGACGACGUGGACACCUACAUCACCUUCAGCGGCCACCUCAUCAAGCCUGAGGAUGAUUAGUGGCCCCCGGUGGGGCAGCCCCGGCCCCGGGGUGGGGGGAACUGUGGGCAAGGUGGUCCUCCAACAGGGCCUCGGUGUGCCCCUCCAUAAAGUGGGCCCCUGGGACCUGGCAUUCUGGGUGGGCUUCCUCUUCUUUCCUUCCCUCCAUCAUAUCUCUCUCUCUUCUCUUGGACAUAUUUUAAGAAGCACGCUAACCUGAAUAUUCUAGAACUUUCCCAGCCUGCGAACACGGCACAUUCUGAUUCUGGUUCUGAAGUGGGCGGCGUCCAGGGUUCUGCACGUCUAAUAAGUUCCUGGAUGUAGUUGGUGCUGCUGGUCCAGGGACCCGCCUUGAGUCCCCAGAUUCUAGACCUUUCCCAACAUUCUGGAAUCCUCCGAACAUUCUAGACUCUUGCCAAAUCCUUCACUUCUCUCAUCUCUCCAGGACCCCCACCCCUAUCCUCUUACUCCUUCCACCUUCUCUGUCCCUCUCUUGUGCACCCCACUCGUGCAGCCGCCAUUUCCUUAUUCAUUCAUCAAACGCUCGCUGAGCACUCACUCUGUGUCAGGCUCUGGGGAAGCUGAGGUGAGACACAGGCCCUGGCCUUGGUGAGUGCCCAGCCCAGCCAGGGUGGGGAGAUACAGGCUCAGGAAACCAGACCCAGAAAAAUGUGCAGGGCUGUCAUCACAGAAGUCUGUGUCUAGGCGUUCAGCCACCGUGGACCGUCCUUGUCUGCAGGUCCCCAAGGUGGAUAGAGUCCCCAAGGUAGGGGGGAUCCUUAUCCUUGUCCAUUUCUUUCCUUCCUGCCCAAUGCCCUUCAUUAAAGCAAACCCCAGAAGGGCCUUGGUCAGGGCAAGGGUGCUAUGAGGGGAGGGUCCAGGAGUCUGCGGCAUUUGGGGGUGAAUAGGGCCCUUGGGAAAGGGAGCCCAGACCCCCAUCUCCCCACAUGUCAGGUAUGGCAGCCCGCGAGGACUCUUCCCCUCCUCACACAUCCCCUUCCCCAUCCCCAAGGCGCCUGGGCCUCGGUUCUCCCAGGCUCCCAGCCACCGUCAGACACUGACGUUGUCCCCAGGUGCUCUCUGACCCUCCUUGGCCCUCCUUGCCGGCCCAACGUCCCUGGCUUUCCAGGCCUAGUUAAGGUGCUGAGGCCCCAGUGG